AUGCCUGAAGGAAACAUUACCAAUGUAAAUAAUUUUUUCAUUGUGUGUUUUCCUGGACUUCCUCCUAAUUAUUAUGGCCUUGUCUCAGCGGUUAUGUUUUGUGUUUUUAUGUGCACGUUAAUGGUAAAUGGAAUAUUUUUUCUAUUAUAUUUAAAAGAAAAAAGUCUGCAGAAACCUAUGUAUUUUAUCAUGCUAAAUCUUGCUGCAUCAGAUGUACUGUUUAGCACCACAACUUUACCAAAGAUGAUUGCUAGAUACUGGUUUGGAGACGGCACUCUUUCAUUUGCAGGCUGCUUUAUUCAGAUGCAUUUUGUGCACUAUUUUGGUUCAGUUAAUGCAUUUAUUCUUGGCAUCAUAGCAUUUGAUAGAUAUGUGGCAAUCUGUAAUCCCCUCAGAUAUGCUAAUAUUGUCAAAGAAUCCACUAUACUGGGAUUAUGUUUAGCAUGCUGGCUGCUUGCAGAACCCACUAUCUUUUAUAUGACUUUCAGGGCAACUACUCUUUCUUAUUGUGCUUCUAACAAAGUUACACAAUGUUAUUGUGACCAUCCAUUUGUCACAAGGCUUUCAUGCACUGACAGAACACCUAAUGUAUUUUCAGCUGUAGUUUCAGCAAUGGUUGUGUUGCUCACACCACUAACAUUUAUUUUAUUCUCUUACAUUGCUAUUAUUAUGACAGUGUUUCGAACUUCAUCCACACGUGGACGCUUAAAAACUCUCUCCACUUGCAGUUCUCAGCUGUUAAUUAUCACCCUCUAUUUUUUACCAAGAUGUUUAAAUUAUUUAGCAGGCUAUUUAGGUAUCACUUACAACACUGAUGUACAAAUACUUGUGAUUCUGUUGUAUAGCUUGUUGCCCCCUUUGAUCAACCCACUCAUCUACUGUUUAAAGACAAAAGAAAUAUGCUCUCAAAUUUUAAAAACCCUGGGUCCUAAGCCACCACUAAAGGGGUCUCAUGUGCAGGAGGCCAAGUGGAACCACAUUGGAUGCUGCUACCAUAAGCCCAAGCAGUUUCUGGAACUGCUUCACACUCUAGGAGCCUUAAGGGAGGCUGCGAGUUCUCCAGGUUCACUACGAUUCCAAGCGGAGAUCGAGGAGAGUGCUUACUGGGGCUGGCAGGAUUGA